CUAGAGAUGACUUCCGAUCGAAUUUUCUGUCUUUCGAGUUAAAUGCUUCCUCGCUAAGCUUCGGAGUAUCCAACUGAUUUCUUAAUGAGAUUGUGCAGCGGAGCUUCAAAAGUGUUACGAUGGAGUUUCAAAUGUGAUCUUUCUUUCUUACGGAACAUGUGGGCAAAUAAUAAAGAAGAUUUUUUCCUCAACGGACCAAGGGCUCGAGUCGAACCAGAAUGUUUAGAUAUGUUGGUGGAUCGCACUGGUUUCUCCAAAAAGAAGGUUCGUGAACUGUACAGAGCUUUUAAACAGCAGUGUCCUGGAGGAGCUGUGAUUCCGAGUGAUAUGAAAUCUGUGUACGCUAAGUUAUUCCCUCUGGGUGACUCGACAAAGUAUGCAAAAAUUGUAUUCAAAACGUUGGACAAGGAUGGCAAUGGAGUAAUUAGUUUUACUGAUCUGCUAAUGGAAGUCGCUCGUAUCGUCAGGGGAAAUGCAGAUCAAAAACUAUCUUGGAUAUUUGGGAUGUAUGAUUUAAAUGGCGAUGGAUUCAUUACAAGGCACGAAAUGUUGGUCAUAGUAUCUGCCAUUUAUGAGAUGGUUACGAGACACUCGGAAACUGUUCAGCAGACCGUUAACACUCACGUCGGUAGACUUUUCAAGAAGAUGGAUCUCGACAAAGAUGGAGUCAUCUCCAAGGAAGAGUUUUUGACCAGCUGUAAAAACGAUCAAAUCAUAUGCAAGCAGCUGAUAGACUUUGAUAAUGUAUGGCUGUGAUGAUUAUUAUCUUGAUCUUCACAUUAUUCUUACCUUUAGAAAAGUCUUUUUUGAAGAAUGUAGAAUACGCAGGCAAG